GAGGAAGUCAUGAAUAAUUAAUUGAGUACUACGCUUCGAGUUCACGCGGGCUGGAUUAAAAUUAUAUGUUUAUCCCGGAAAAGUGACGAUGGCGACGGCAAUAUAUUUGGAACAUUACUUGGACAGUAUCGAAAACUUACCCUGUGAACUUCAGAGAAACUUCACUCUCAUGCGAGAAUUGGACAGUAGAACGGAAGAAAAGAAGGGAGAGAUCGAUAAACUUGCUGCGGAAUACAUCGCUAAUGUAAAGAACCUGGCUUCUGAGCAGCGAGUUGAGCAUCUGCAGAAGAUCGAGAAUGCUUACAGCAAGUGCAAAGAGUACAGCGACGACAAAGUUCAACUUGCCAUGCAGACAUAUGAAAUGGUGGACAAGCACAUCCGCAGGCUGGACGCGGACCUGGCCCGCUUCGAGAACGAGCUGAAGGAGAAACUGGAAGUGAGCGGCUACGAGAGUCCUGACGGGAGAGCUCUCAAGAAAGCCAGGGGUCUCAAGGAAAAGAGAGGCUCUAGAGGUAGAGGCAAGAAAGGCUCAGAUGAAGAUUCGCCAAGGAAGAAAAAGAUGAAAAAUAGCCCCGAAUUCAACGAUUCGAUUUUAGCCGUCCAUCCGUCCGAUGUGCUGGACAUGCCUGUCGACCCCAAUGAGCCUACGUAUUGUCUUUGCCAUCAGGUGUCUUAUGGGGAGAUGAUUGGUUGUGACAACCCUGAUUGUCCAAUUGAGUGGUUUCAUUUCGCUUGUGUUGACCUUACUACGAAACCCAAAGGAAAAUGGUAUUGUCCGCGCUGCAUCCAAGACAGAAAGAAAAAAUGAGGUGCAACUCAUCUUCGCUUUAAAAUAUACACAUAUAAUGUAUUUUGUUUAUGCAGUAAAACAGUGUAAUAUAUACAUAUGAAUAUUUUCCCAUUAUAUACUGGCCAUAGUCGGUGGCCUGUCAAAGCUUUCUUUUAAAAUGCUGUUAAUACUUGAAAUAUCUACAUCCUCAUCUGUUCUAUGAGUUUUAGUAUUUUGCAAACCUGCUGGUUGAUAGGAGUUUUGUGUCAUUUGAAAACGGAACGGUCGGAGCGCAGCCAUUUGCUUGCCCUCCCUGUGCAGAUGUAGGCACUAGCAGAGAGCAAACAUCUUGCAGUGUUUCCUCUGAAUCUUUCCAUUGACCUACCUCACCGGUCAAGUUCUGGCAGUGCUGUAACCUUGGCCUCUGCCCCAAAACACUGGGAGGAAGAAGGGAGUUCAAUGUGCAAAUCCAGAAUGUAAGCCAAUAACGAUGUAAAUCUGAAACCUUCGUGUGCAAAAAAUAUCCUUUCAAAAAAAUGCUAGUGUCCUGGCAGGUGUAGUCUUAGGUUUUUGGCUGUGAACGAUAUGAUCAUCCCAGGUCAGUGGACGGCUUUUCUGGCUUCCUAGGAGUUUAAUUGCUCUCAUAACAAAAUAAGCAAAAACGUUGUGACCACAAUAGAGUUAUUCUGAUGGGAUUUAUUUUUUUGCUUUAGGCAUGAUGAGACUAUGGGCAUUUUUGCACCAUUGAAUGACAUUUGAGAAACAUCUUUUGUACUUCUUGUGUUAACAGUGUUGUUUGUUUGUUUUUCCUUUUUUCUGGGAAUAGUACCUCAGUUUCAAUUCUUGAUGAUCUUAAAACUUUGCUCUGAAUAUGUUGUUUUGUUAGCUUGUUAGACCGUGCGGUACAGAAAACUGCAAACUGUUUGUAGAACAAAUCUUUGUAAGAUGAGGUUCUCGCCAAAUUAUUUUUAAACCGAAGAUUUCAAGCGAGGCAUUUGAUGCCAAGUCUCUUUUACUUAUUCCACUUAUUACUUAUACUGUCUAAAUCAGGGGUGUCCAAUCUUAUCCAGAAAGGGCCGGUGUGUGUGCAGGUUGUUGUUUUGGCACAGGACUAAGACAGCUGAUUCUACUCAUCAAGGUUUGAUUAAAGACCAUGAUUAGUUCAUUAGUAUAAUCAGGUGUGUUACUGCUGUGUUAAAACAAAAACCUGCACCCACGCCGGCCCUUUUAGGAUAAGAUUGGACACCUCUGGUCUAAAUAGAUUUUAGUCAAUUUUCAAUUCUUAAAAAAAUAUGAAAGCAACCAAAUUUAUUCGAAUUCUAAACAUGACCGCAUGUCAAACUUUGGUGUAGGGACAUUAACCCAUCAAGCACUGGCAAUAUGGGCUAUGAUCACUCCUAGGUUUUUCACGUUCUAGUGCCUGUGAUGGUGAAACAUCUUUACUCAAAGAGCUGCUCAGUCAGCUAGCCUGAGACUGGUGUUUCUGCACUGUUCCUCUUUCAAACGUCACAUCCUCUGAUGAUUUUAGGUAAAAAGGAAGAUCUUGUGUACGGACUGAAAACUUAUUGCACCAUUGCGUUUGCUACAUGCAAGAAAAAAGUACUGUGUUCUACUAUUCCCACUGUUUGAUAUUGCAACUAAUAAAAAGUAAUUUGCACUGAUUAAUUGAUGCCAUAAACAAGAAAUCGUAUGAAAACCCUCAUUAAUAUGCGUCAUGUGGCUUUGAGUGUGGACAUGAGCUUAAUUUAACUGUGAAUUUUUACUCGCCAUGAAAAAAAAGGGACGCUAUCCAUAUUACUAGAUGUUCCGUUCUCAAUGUUCAGACAUGUAGCUUCAAAAACAUUAAACCCCACUCCAGUAUUUCAGAUUAUCCCUUUGUCUGUAUUAGGUGAUGCUUGGUAAAUGGUGUCUGCAGGAAUAUGAUGAACUGGGUUUUCAGUUUCAGGAUGCUGUGUAUUAUGUAUUGGUAUAAUUAGUAUUGGCUGAAGAAACGGAUGGAUACAUCCUCUGUGUAACAUGGAUCACAAAGUUAUACUUGCUUUUAUGAUGAAAAUAGUGACGGUGAAAACUAAAUCUUGACUUAUUUUUCCCGGAAAUGCAUUGAUUAAUACAGUUUGAUCAGUGUAUAUGUUGUUCAAAGCUUUUCAAUGUGCAUGCAAAGCGGAAAAUGCAAUUCUAUUUUAUUUUAUUUGUGCCUGGAAAGAUUUCCCUUGCCUGAAAGGGUCCCAUUUAAGUCCUGUUUCUGGACAUGAAGCUGAAAUGCAAUAGAUAGCCGAGAUUGAGUGUGCACAUUCAUGAUUUAAGGUAAAGAGCUGGAUUACCAUCUGCUUGGAAUGUGCCAGACCAUCAGUCUAAAGUACAGAUUCGAAAUGAAAUGAAAGGCAAAAUAAAUUCUUAAGCAAGCUCAUGAGGUGCUGUGUUCGGGUAAUGUUGAAGGAACUGUUCUUCACAGCAAUUCUGACGAGCUCUGUGUGACAUCCAAGCCUAUGUGAUGCAUUGUUUUGUAUAUGAAUGGGCAGAUUGUCCUUGGGACCAUUUUUAAAGAGCUGAAUUAAUGUAAUCGUACAAUGAAUAUGGGAAAAUAAAUCCUGUUGCUUCUUCAUGAUUGUUGCAGGUCCCCCAAAGAGUUUAGUCUUGUUGUUGACUUUGUAAAACAACAUUGUUGUACAUCUUUUAUAUAAAACUUUAUUGUAUAUCUGUAUUUUUGACCAUGCUGUAGACAAUGUUUUAUUCUUAUAAAUAAAGUAUAUUUGGGGACUAUU